CCCACUAGCCACCUCUCAAAAAUUGGUUUGUUAUCAUAUCAUACUCCCUAAAAGGCUAUAAUUCAACCCCACCCUACAAAAAUAUAACCAGUGCACCUCUAACCACUCACACUAUUUCUCAAGACAAAUACCAAAUUCAUGGGAGAAAAAGAAAAAAAGAAGGCCAAGAAGCAAAAAUAUCAGCAUCCAAAUCAGGAUCAUACCACCAAGAUUGCCACCAAUGCCUCAGAUUUCUCAUUCAAGCCCUCUUCUGAUGUUAAAGGCCUCCGUUUUGGAGGCCAAUUUAUUGUAAAAUCAUUCACUAUCCGCCAAGCGCGGCCAUUGCAGCUUCUGCACCUCCUCUCCCUAGACGAAAAAAGCCCAGCAGGGAAUUCAAGAACAUCAACAAGUUUCCGGUCCACCUCUGCAUUUUUACCAACAAAUUUUACUAUCUUAGCACACCAUGCAUGGCACACUCUUACACUAGGCCUAGGCACCAAAAAAUCCAAGGUACUUAUUUUUGUGUUCGAGUCUGAGAAUUUGAAGAAUGCAGUUGACAGGAUAUGGCCACAGGAAAUACCGCUGGGAGAAGUAAACCGAAAGAUCAUCCGGGGUCUAACCGGUUGUGAGAUGGCAAGAUUCAAAUUCAGGAAAGGGUGCUUAACAUUUUAUGUGUAUGCAGUGAGGAGAGCUGGAAACAUGGCGUUUUCGUGUGCUGAUGAGCUUAGGUUCGUACUGGAACAUGUGGUCGCGUUGAAUGAUUUCUUGGAUCACACUUUUAUGCUUGCAAUGCCCAACCAGAGGUCUAUCAAUUAUGCAGCUCCGGUUGCCAUGGCUCAUUAGCUAAGCAUGUCUAUAUCUCUCCUUAAUUUUUUUAAAUAUAUUUUUCUUUAAUUUGUUUAGUCGUCCAUUGAUUAUACAAAAUGUCAACCUUUUGAUAUAAAGGAGCCUGCUUUAUUAGA